AUCUUUUUGAAUCCUUUUGGACGAUGGACGUCUCGCUGGAGCUCAUUGUCGCGUUGGCGCUGACUGUGCUCGCCAUUGCCGCCGCUGCAGUCUAUCUGCGCGUCUUCCGUCGUGGAUCGCUCCGUCGCUCGGCAGUCCUGCUCGUUGGCAUUGCAAACUCGGGCAAGACGGUGCUAUUCCAGCAGUUGUCGCGUGGCCAGUUCAUCUCAACGUUCACUAGUGUCGUACCGAACUCUGGCACAUUCGCUCUUCAUGGAGAUAAGAGCGCGACACCGGCGCUGUACAAGGUUGUGGACAUUCCCGGACAUGAUCGUAUUCGUCAUCGCGUUCUUGACGAGCUGGCAACCGAUGCCAAGGGCGUCGUGUUUGUGGUUGAUUCCGCCAAUUUGAUGUCCGAGCUGCGAACGAUGUCUCAGUUUUUGUACGACGUCCUUUCCCACCGAAGCUUGGCUGUUCCUGUUCGAAUUUUGUGCAACAAGCAAGACUUGCUGACAGCGAUGGACAGCGACAAUGUGAAAUCUCAGUUGGAAACCGAAUUAAACAUUAUUCGCAAGACUCGCAUAGCAGCACCAACGUCGCUCGAUGAAACGAACGACACGACGACGCGAGAGCUCGGCAAUCCCGACGAGCCCUUCAAUUUUGAACAACUUGGCUCCCAAGUGACAUUUAUGGAAGCGUCGGGCAAGGACGGCAGCCAUCUCGAUGCUCUGCGCGAUUGGAUUGCACAAUUGUAAUCACCUCCCCUUUCCCCCCCCCCCCUGUUUGUUCUCUUCUCUCCCGUUUGUUGAUGUUCAACUUCUUGUCUAUCUGGGCACGCGCUUGAUGCGAAAAAUUACAAAAAUACAAUAUUUGAGAAUAAAAAUCAGACAACGUCGACAA